GUCAUAAUCCAAGAUGGCGUCCAAGAAGAGCGGUAAACAAGCUGAGAGUUUACUUUCAAAGGUAAAUUGUACAGUUUUCCGUACAUGUUGACUUGUAUUUGCAUUAUUUGACGUUUGAAGGAAGGAGUUUAAUCUGCCUUUAAAAUAUGUAGAUAUAAUAAUGUAUAAAGCUCUAUAAAUUUGGGGGCAAAAAGCCCAGUCAAAAAUAUAGACAAUAAGGCCAAUGAAAAUUGAAAUCAUGUUUCUCGUCCACAAUUUUCAAAAAUUUGGAGCGGGAUUUUUUCAUUUUUCAUUAUUUUUUGUGUUUGAAUUCUGCUUGUCAAUAAUUUCCUUCACCCAUAAAAAUCUGAAGUAAAUCGGUGUAUAAUUCAUUUGUAUAUUUCUACGCAUACCAGGGCUGACAUGAAAAAUAGAGGCAUUCUGGCGAGUAAUGUCUUUAGAAAGAUACAAUUUGAGUUGCGCUUGCCGAAUGCAGCAAUAAGACUUCAAUCUGGACAUCAAUUUGGUGUUUUAUUAAGCCUAUUUUUCAAAAAUAAUGAAUAAUGAAAAAUUUUUGUGCGGCAGAUAAAACCCAUGCGGGCGGGGACGAGAAACAUGAUAUAAAUUUUCAUUGGCCUAAACUACAUAUUUUUGAAGAUAUGCUGUAAAAGACCAUAAACUUAUAUGUUUUUAAAGAUAUGCUGUAAAUAUACACAUAACUUUGAAAUCACUCCAGUGUGCCAACAAAUUUCAUAAUCUCAUGCCAGAGAUCUGCAGCGUGGUGUACUGCGUACAUCCAGGGCCGCCGAGAGGUUGGCGGGGGCCCGGGGCAAAUUUUUUUUAGGGCCCCUAUUUAAAUUUUUUUUUAGAGAACAACCUCCCCCCCCCAAAUAUUUGAGAAAAUAAUGUAAUGUCAGUUUGGUGGUUGGAAAUGACUGAAAACCGUGUUGAAGGCCUGUGUUGGCCUGGAGAUGACAAAGCACAACUAUUGAUUGCCAAUGGCAGGAGACUCCUAGGACCAUAUAUGGGCAUGCUCCUCCACUUCAUGCACUUUGGGAGUAGAUUUUAUAGAAUUAUAUGGAUACUGCAGUCCUUGAAAUUAGCAUAAUUCCUUGUCGGCAAAAAAUUACCGUCAAUAUUUUAGAGUUCGGCGGCAAUGCUGAUGGCAAUUUUUUUUCUUUAAAAAGUUAAAUGGCUUUUUUUGCUUCUCAAUACUUAAAAAGUAGAAGAUACAUAGUAUCGAAGCACAUGGAAGAAACUCAUCAUUUGUGGCCGGCGGAGUGUCUAUAUUUGUCAUUUAUGAACAACAAAAGGAACAAGCAACUAAAGAUAAUCAUCAUUAUAGUCAUCUGUUCAUAUUAAUAAAAUAUACUAGCAAAGCUUUCAGAAGAAUCAGUAAAAAAAGAAGGCAAUGCCAAAAAAUCAUCAACAGCAAUUUUUUGCCUAAGAUAAUUUCAUUUUCGGCGGCAUUAUCGACAGCAUUAUUGCCAUUUGCCAUCACUAAUUUCGAAGACUGAUACUAAUGGUCAUUCUAUAUGGAGUUAUGUGUAUAUUAUAUAAUUGUAGUGGUCUGUAGGAGAUGAAAAACCAGUGACGAUUGACAAAUGGGAUGGGAAUGCUGUCAAGAAUGCACUAGAUGAUGCUGUCAGAAAGGUUGGUUUGUUUCUGUGAAGAGUUGUUUCCUGUCUCAGUUUGGCCGCAUUUAAAAAUAUUUCCUGAUAUAUCUGGUCCAAAUAUCUUCAAAAAUUCUUUGCACAUUUUUUGCAGGUUUUGACAGAACAUCUGAAAUUUGUUGAAAAUCACCGUGUGAUUGACACAAGGCUUGCGAUAUGCACCAUAGCCUGUCUCUUUGCUGUUGCUGCAUUAAUUUAUGACUACUACAUUCCAUUUCCCACCUCUCGUCCAGUCUUGAUCCUUUGCGUCCUCUCGUAUCCUUUGGAAAGUCGUUUGUAUAGAAAAUAGUAUGGUUUUGAUGCACUGUUUAUGAUGCACUAGGGGUGUCGGCCACACAAUGGUGGAAGCAUGUGAAUACAUGGAGUUUCAUUCCCGCAUAUUAAUGAAGCUGUAUGAUUAUAAUUUUGCCUCAGUUUCAUGUGAAAUGAGUUUUUCCAGUUUUGCCUUGACAAGCACUGCAGGCAUAGGCAUACGGGACGGGGGAGGGCAGCUGCCCCCCAAAAAAGAUUACAAAGUCGGGCAAAUGUUCAACAUAAGUCUGGCGAAGAGUGGGAAAUUAAAAAGCCAAAAAAGUAGUCAAAGCAAUAAAAUCUCUCUUAAUAAUAACCCCAGUUUGUUGGGCAAACAAAGCCAGUAGGGCAAUAUUCGCUUCACAGUCGGGCAAUAUUGGGUUAUUAUAAAAAUAAAUGGGACAAAUUCUGUCAAUUCUGUGGGAAAUUUUGAUGUUUGGAAAAUUUGUUUGAUGUUCCGAAGAAUUUUGGUAUGUCCGAAAAAUUGUUGGACCCCUAAAAUGGUACACUGGCCAAAAUUUUUUUUUGCGACGGGGGGGGGGAGGACGGCACCAAAAUGAAUUGUUACGGAAAAAAAAAAUUUCGGCACUGGUCGGGCACAAAUCGAAAAAGUCGGGCUAAUUUCUUUCCGCCCCCUUAAUUUUUCCUUCCGGUGUGCCCAUGACUGCAGGUUAUCUCCAGGUACUCUCAUUUCUUCCAGGAAUAACACCAGACCAAUAAUGGAGGCCCUUUAUUGCAUCUCUUGGGUAGAAUGAUUUAGAAUUGAUAGAGCUAUCCAGUAUAAAUACAAUUAGUUUAGUUCAAUUUUUGUUCUAAAACAAGAUUAAUAAAAUGAUGUUCCUUCAACCUGUUUAUUUCAUAAAUUAUUCUUUAAUUCAAUCCAAGAUAUUUUCUCUUAAUGGGUGUACUGACCAUGUUCACAGCAUUCAAAGAACAAAAUUUCAUCGUAUUUGCAAAUGAAAAAGACAAAGCUGGCAUGGUAAGAUGGUCAUGGCUUUAAAUACUUUCCAAUGCAACAUCAAAUUUUAUCAUCAUAAUGAAAAACUAAACAAUGUUCUUUUCCCUAAGGGUCCUGAUCAUUUGUGGAGUGUGAGGUCGUCACUGAAAAGAUAUGAUGAUAUUUAUGAACUGAUUCUUUCCUACGAAGACGGUGAAACAAAAAGGAAAGAAGAACAGUCUCUUAAAAAGUAAGGGAAAUGAACCUGAUUUACAUGUUGAGCACCAGAGCUUGCCUCUUGACAAGUAAAAUUGCCUGCCAUUGCAUGGGCUGAGUAAAAUAAUAAAGUAGGGUGCAAUGAGACCUUGUAGAAUGGAAUGUGUUGAAUGUUAAUUUACAUUGUAUAUAUGUGUUUUGAUAAACGAUUUUGACAUAUGAAUUGUUUUAGGUCUGUUGCAUCAUGGUUUGAUGAAAAUGGAGUUCUUCUCUUUGACAUUUUCUUAAAUGACAUAAAGGAAAUGCACAAGGGUUUGAAAAAGGAGAAAGCACAGUAGCAAUUCAACAAUUUAGCAGUUGUAUAAUGUAUUGUAGCAAUAUUAAGAUCACAUUAUUAAACACACAAUGCAGAAUUUGAUUGUUUUCAAGUGCCGAGGUUUUGCAAGUGGGAGACGAGGUGUAGUAUAGGUUGUGAUAUUACUUCAAGAUUUUCAGCUGUACCUAAUUGGUACCAACCUCAUACCCAGGACCAUUAGGGAGUUUGGCAAAUACAACGGUAACAUGGUCAUCAACAAUAGCAUUGAUCCGUCUCAUCCACAAAGGAAAAUGUAAAUUACAUGGUCUUAAGCAUUGUUGUGCAAUGCUGUAGUUGUUGAAACUGGUAGUCUGGUACGUGAUUUGCAUCAUUUUCACAGUGCAUGACUACGGCAACAGUUAAUUCGUUCGAUGUUAUUUGAGGUGUUUCGUUUGAAUUCGCAGACUACUUUUACAUAAAGAGCUGUUUGAGAGAAACAGGAAUACUUAGAGGCAAAUAAAGUGUAGUAAAUAGUAACAUAUUCUUGGGCUCAAAUACAACAAUAUAAGUAAUUAUAAUUUUGCCGUUGUCGUUCUAGGUUGCCAAACUCCCUAUCAGAGUCAGUGAUGAAGCUAGCCAUAGUAACAGGUCAUUUUAUGCAAAUUUUAAUGAUUUGCUAAUGAUUUGCAUUAUGCAAACCUCUUUAGUAAUAUAUUGUCUUACAGUAGUUUAACCUAUUUAGCUGCAGGUUUAUUAGCAUAGCAUGACCAGUUGCCAUUGCUAGCUUCACUGCUGGUUAGAGUGCUGUGUGUAUCUUGUUACGACAGUAAAAACCUGCACAAAAGAACCACUAUUUUAUGUCAAACUAAUGUCUAACUGGGUCUUCUAGAAUAGGUACUUAGUGAGAAUUCAGGCUUCGAUUCUCAUGGUUCUUAUUCCUAGUCAAAGGUUAAUCUCUAUUCCUAACUUAAAGGGUUGGUCUCUAUUCUGUAGUCCAGCUGCCAAGAUCUAGCCAAUGCAACAUUUUUUAUAUCUCGAAAGUAUGUUUUUUAUGUUUUAAUUCAUUAAGUUUUCUUUAAUAAGUUUACAAGGUCAAAUAGGCAUUAUUUAUCUAUAUGUGGUGAGUGCUUUGCAGGUUCUCAAUUACACAAACUAACCAUUGUUUGCAGGUAGUUGUAUGACAUAAUUACAAUAUACUAUUUAAUAUUUCUGAAAAUGUUUCUUUCCAUACUACACAAGAAUGUAUGCAUAUACUACUUUCGAAACCCUAUUCACUUAAACAUACAAAAAUGUGGAAAAAGUUCAAUUUCAAAAAUUCUCCCACCAACCACAAAAUAAUUAAUUUUAAUACAAUUAAGUUCUUAUAAGUAAUGUAGAGUUUUAAAAUGUGAUUUAGUCCAACAUUUAUUUUUCCGUCAUUCCACGGACUUCGCCUUGUUUUCGUUGUUCUUCAAGCUCUGCCUUUGUCUGUUCUUCCAACUGUCGGAUAUCUUGCAUCGUCAUGCCAAACCACUUAUCUAGCCAACAGAAUAGCUGCCGAUGGAAAUUGGUUAGUAACCGCUUAACCGAUUUACAGAUUAGGUCCUCGACCUUCCCUUGAAGCAUAAACCAUUUGAACUUAAUACGAUACAACUUGUAGCACGUCAUAAUUGGCAUGUCUUUGGUCUUGAUGUCCUCCUGCCAAGUUUUUGGAUCCAAUGGCCCACGGCCGGUCUUCUCCGAGUGGAACUUGGUCGGAUCCUCGUCUUCCUUGUAGUCCCGCGACUCAACCGGUUUUGCAAUAUCAAUAUUGACGAUCUCUCGUUUCUUCAACAACUCCGGCGACAAAUCAUGAACAUUCUCGAUAUCUUUAUUCCCAGGUUUAUGCCAGGUAUCUAUUAUUAUAUGAAAUGAAUCCCCCAUAUAUUCAUUUGUGUACCAUGUUCGACAAAAAGGAUAGGCAUUCCAUGCUUUCUCAUGGAUUUCCAAGGAGCCUUUGGGUGCUAGGGCACGGACAUAACCGGGAACUUUUUUGGAUAAAUGAAUUAUUUUAUACGUAUACUGACAUUUCCCAAACUCUUCGUGUUCCUGAGGCUCGUUCGUGACAACUUCUAUGCCGUCACCUCCCCCCGUUUCAUUUUUGCUCGCUUCUGCCACAGCAUACAAUUGCCCGAUUUGGUACUCCUCGACAGAAAUCGGUAGUGGUAUUCGAUACUCUUUAACUACACUAGUCCCCGGUAGGUCUCCCUUACUAUCCGGUGGCGAUUUACUAGCCAUUUUACGCAGUUUUUGACGCUUUAAACAAGUCGAAAACGAAGCUAAAGUGGCUUCCUAAAGCUUUUUUUGUGGUUUGUGGCUUUAUUUGUCACAUGGGUUGUGUACAAAUGUGUACAAACACG